AUGGCCGAAGAUUUGGUGCUGGAGACAUGGGACCUGCAGUGCGAGCGCAACGGCCGGGAGCACCGGACGGCGGACAUGGGCUGCCAGCAGCUGGUGGUGCGGCGGGGACAGCCCUUCACCAUCACCCUGCACUUCUCGGGCAGAAGCUACAAGGAGGGGGUGGACAAACUCGCCUUCAACGUCGAGACGGGACCCUGCCCCAUCGAGAUGUCGGGUACCAGGUCCCACUUUGCCGUGACCGACUUCCCAGAGGAGUUGGGCUGGAACGCCGUGGUCCAGCAGCAGGAUGGGGAUUCCCUCUCCGUCUCGCUCUGCUCCCCGCCAAGCGCCCGCAUCGGCCGCUACAGCCUGACAGUGGAGACCUCCACCGGCUACCAGGGCAGCAGCUACCACAUCGGGGACUUCGUUCUGCUCUUUAACGCCUGGCACCCAGAGGACACGGUUUUCCUCCGAGACGAGGAUGAGCGCUGUGAGUACGUGCUGGCCCAGCAGGGACUCAUCUACCAGGGCGCCCGCGACUACAUCACCUCCACCCCCUGGAACUUCGGCCAGUUCGAGGAUGACAUCUUGUCCAUUUGCCUCAAGCUGCUGGACACAAACCCCAAAUUCCUGAGGGACCAAAACCGGGAUUGUUCCCGCCGCAAUGACCCCGUGUACAUCGGCAGGGUGGUGAGCGCCAUGGUAAAUUGUAACGACGAGGACCGGGGGGUGCUGGCAGGGCGGUGGGACAACAAUUACGAAGAUGGGAUGAGCCCGAUGGCCUGGAUCGGGAGCGUGGAUAUUCUGAAGAGGUGGAAGAAGUUUGGGUGUCAGCCAGUCAAGUACGGCCAGUGCUGGGUCUUCGCUGCUGUGGCGUGUACCGUCAUGCGGUGCCUGGGGAUCCCCAGCCGGGUGGUGACCAACUACAACUCAGCCCACGACACCAACGGCAACCUGAUCAUCGACCGCUACCUCAACGAGAUGGGGGAGGAGGACCGACGCUCCAGGGACAUGAUCUGGAACUUCCACUGCUGGGUGGAAUCCUGGAUGGCUCGUCCGGACCUAGCACCUGGCUACGAUGGGUGGCAGGCGCUGGACCCGACCCCCCAGGAGAAGAGCGAAGGGGUUUUCUGCUGCGGACCGGCCCCCGUCAGAGCCAUCAAGGAGGGUGACCUGCAGCUGAAGUAUGACAUUCCCUUCGUCUUCGCGGAGGUGAACGCCGAUGUGGUGUACUGGGUGGUGCGGCACGACGGGACGGAGAAGAAAAGUACCCACUCCUCGGUCGUGGGGAAGAACAUCAGCACCAAGAGCGUGGGCAGGGACAGCAGGGAGGACAUCACCCACACCUACAAGUACCCAGAGGGGUCUGAAAAGGAGAGAGAAGUGUUCGCGAAGGCAGAGCACGAGAAGAGCUCGCUCAGGGAGGAGGACGAGGGGCUGCACCUCAAGAUCAAGCUGUCAGAGGGCGCGAACAUCGGCUGCGACUUCGACGUCUUCGCUGUCAUCAACAACAACUCAGACACAGAGCGAGUCUGCAGGCUCAUGCUGUGUGCUCGAACCGCCAGCUACAACGGCACCGUCGGGCCCCAGUGCGGCAUGAAGGACCUGCUGAAUGUCACCCUCGCACCCUGGGCAGAACACAGAGUGCCCCUGCGGAUCCUGUAUGAGAAGUACGGGGAGAUCCUGACCCAGGACAACCUCAUCAAGGUGGUGGCUCUCCUGACCGAAUACCAAACCGGUGACGUCAUCGUGGCAGUCAGGGAUGUCUACAUUCAGAAUCCGGAGAUCAAGAUCAGGAUUUUAGGGGAGCCGAUGCAGAAGCGGAAGCUGGUGGCGGAGAUCAGCCUGGUGAACCCCUUCGCAGUCCCCCUGAACAACUGCGUGUUCUUGGCCGAGGGCACCGGUCUGACGGACGGGCAGCAGAUCAAGGAGCUGUAA